AUGGGAACUGGGCAGGAAUUAACAGUCGAAGAUGUGAUGAAGGGGAGUGAGGAGAGCAAGUACGCCCAGAAAAAGACCUCACAAACUAACCAACUCGAAGAAAAGGGAGGAACAGAAUAUGUACUACAAACAAACAGGACUACACCUACUCUUCUUGAUACAGAGAUAAGACGUGACAAGACAAGGUUUGAAGAGAUCGCCCAAUUCCUGCACUUCAGCGAUCCGAACAACGAGCCACAACGUGGGGACGCCGAUUACGACCGUCUCUUUAAAGUUCGCCCGGUACUGAGCGAUGUCUUAAAAAGUAUCCAGCAAACUUACGAGCCCUCAAAGGACAUGUCAGUCAAUGAGGGAAUGAUUGCCUUCAAGGGAAGACUUGGCUUUCGCCAAUAUAUGCCUGCAAAGCCGACGAAAUACGGCAUAAAAGUGUGGAUGGCGGCCGACCCGAACAACGGCUACGUGUGCAACUACAAAGUUUACCUUGGGCAAGAAAACAGACAGCGUGUCCAUGGACUCUGCUACGAUGUGGUUAUGGAUAUGGCUAAGCCUUUCCUUAACAGUUACAGACACAUCUUCUGUGAUACCUUUUUUACAACUGUUCGGCUUUUUGACUACUUGAUCAAAAAACCUAUGCAUGCGGGACUCUGCGCGUGA